AAGCAGGGCAGGGCUUCAUUUCAGCUUCCCUUUCACCGCCUUCCAACGUUGCUGUUCUGUAAUACACACAUACUGACAUAUCCUGCACAGCACUGUGUAAACCAUGACGAAAGAAGAAUUUUAUGUUGCUAUGACCUGUGAGGGCUGUUCAAAUGCUGUAACACGUGUCCUCUCCAAGCUUGGUGCAGUUCAGUUUGAUAUUGAUUUACCCAACAAGAAAGUUCUGAUUGAUUCUGAACAUUCUGUGGAUCUGUUGUUAGAAACCCUGAAGAAGACCGGGAAGGAAGCAAAAUACCUGGGGGCCAAAUAACUUGAUGGACACCUCCAAAGAAUGACUAAGGAUCUGUCUACAAACAGGAGGGCAGAAUUCGUCUGAAUGAAACACAAAGGAAACGGUCUACGUCCAUCAACUCUUGCGUCCAAACAGCUUUUUCAUGUUUUGGGCGAAAAAUCAAACAAAUCAUUAUCUCCUUUAUUUUUCUGUUCCACAUUGGUCUCCUUUACCUGACAUUUCAUAUCACAAUAAAGCCGUGUAUAAAUUACAUUUGCUAAAUUGGAAAUUUCUAAGUGCCUUCCCACCUUUCCUUUUAACUCAGUAUCUUUAUUAUCAGAACACUAAAGCAUCCCUUUCAACAGUAAAAUGGAUAGUCACUAAAAGUUAAUUUAAAAUUUACAGGCAGAAUAGUUUAACUGUGGAAGCAUAACGGAUGGAAUAACUUAUCCAGUUUGGCUAUUUUGUCUUAAAAGAUUGAAAUUCACCUUGAAUUCUCAAAUUAGUAAACAAACCUGUAUGAUUACCUGUUGACUAAAGUAAGUUAAAUAAGCUUUAGUGCAUAGUCAUUUGGAUAAAGAUUUCCCCUUCGCUAACCUAGAAUUUAUCAAUGAUGAUUGUAUGCUGUAAUACAGUGAUCUAUUUACUGUUGUGGCCGUUUUAGGACUAUUUCUCAGAAAGUUGUAGCUUCCCUUUAAGUCACUUUCUUUCCCUGUAAAGAGUUUUUAGGAAAAGCAUAUGCUUGGCUGCUAUAUACAUGUGAAGGCUCUUGGCAGUAAUCAGUCUUGUACAAAUUGUGUUACUUAUUCUGUUUAAAGGGAUACUAUGGGCAUCAAUACAACUUUGGCUUCAUUAAGCUGUUUUUGUGUAUAGGUCAUGCCCCAUGCAGUCUCCCUGCUUAAUUCUCUACCAUCUAAGAGUUCAAUUAUUUUUGUUUCUGUUAAUGCAGCCCCAGCCACAUGUCCCUUGUCUGUGACUCACACUCUCUGUGACUUACACAGUCUGCAUGAAAGAAAGAAAAACAAUUUUCUAUCAGUUGUUAACUUAGUUUAAACGUUUUUAUCUCCUGCUCUAUAAACUAAACUUGAAUCACACACAGGAGGCUCUUGCAGGCUGCAGCAGGAUAUUAACAGAGCACGUAGAUAAGAAAUUCAACACUAAAAAAAAUGUUCAAUAAAGGAAGUUUAAACAACAUUAGAUCUCACUUUAAAGGAAGUGUUUAAGAAUGCCAUACAAGUCACACAUAGGGAGGUGUGACUAGGUGUGUAUAAACUUAACUCCUAAUUAGCAGAGAAUAGAGCAGUGAGACUGCAGGGCACCAAAACUGCUUUAUUAAGAUAAAAUAAUUUUGGUACCAGUAGUGUCCCUUUAAUGCUAUAAUAUUGUGAAAUGUAUAUUACAUUUAUUUGGACAAAGUAUAUGCUGUCGGUUGCAGUCAGUCUAAAGUAAAUUUAUCAUUAUGGUUUCACAAUUGUGGAAGUUUUUGUUUGUGUGUUUUGUAAUGCAUACAGUAUGAUUACAAUCUUAAUUGUAACCACCAAAAAAGUCACCUUACAAUACAUUAUUUGCACCUCUGUUUUGUGUACUAAUGAACUGUUUAUUAAUCUUAAAUAUUACUGUUGUAUCUCUCAA